AUGUUCCGUUCCAUGUUCGUAGCAUCCUCUACCGCGGCUCUAGUAGGUCUAGCAGCCGCCGCCGCAACCGGUAUCUUCACCGGCAGUGGUAGCAUCGGCUUUCUUCUCGGGUCCUGCGCGGGCUUCGUCGGCGGCUCGCUGCACUACUACCGGAUGUGUCUAGCACAAGCGCUCUCCUCGCUCGACGAGCACCCGCGCCUCAUGCAGUUGCACUUAGCUUACAAUUUCCCGUGGCUAGGCUACCAGCACUUACGCCAGAGCCAACUGCGGUCUAAGGAGUGGACUCGGACGUCCUAUGCACGCCAGGGAAACCUGAUCGCGGCUUGGUUGAGCGCUUCGGACGCUUUGGACGAGAUACACGAUAGAAAGACGGCCUUGAUUCUGGAGGCUAUUAUUCGCCAGGAGACGGCUAAGGGAUUGAUCGAAGAUAAAGAAGAAUAA